GCCUGCAUGCGUGUCAACAUAUGACGCCGUCAUACUGAGGUAAAGGUACAUUACCGAGUACUUUGCCAGACUGUGGUGACAUGGCGUGCAUGGUUCAAUUGACACGAAGAUCCGUUGGUGACGGUUGACCCCUUGAUGCAGACAGAAACAUUGGCCCGGAUAUCAGGCUGAAUUUCGGCAGUUAUGGACCUUCUGUCAAAGCCGUCAAGCAACGUCCCUCCAGUCAUGGCAUGCCGCCUUGUACAGACUGCGCUUCCCCGCGUCACGACUCACCAUAUUCUCGAAGAAAUUCCCCCCCUCACUUCAUGGAUUUCUAUACAAGAAGCCUAAUGUGUCCCAUCUGCUGGUUCCCAUAGGUUGUGGUCCUUUAACCUCUUGUGUGAAUUGUCUCCCUCUUACCUACCCGACCUAACAGCCUCAUUAUGCCCUCGCCCAAGACUGUGCGGUGGGGCAUCUUAGCCACGGGAGGAAUCGCCAGAACAUUUACAAAAGACCUUCUAACACCCCCCGACACUCGGAAUGUGACUGACAUCUUACACACCGUUGUCGCCGUGGCAUCUUCCUCCUCCUUGUCUUCAGCCCAAAGCUUCAUCGCAGAUGUGGUCACUCCCUCCCAGUCCUCCCACCCAACACCUUAUGCCUCAUAUGAGGAACUCGUCAAGGACCCCAAUAUUGACAUUGUCUACAUAGCCACACCCCAUUCGCAUCAUUACCAAAAUGCGAUGCUAUGCCUGGAGCACGAUAAACCUGUCUUGUGCGAAAAGGCCCUGACAGUCAAUGCUUCCCAGGCCAAGAUCUUGUACGAAACGGCUAAGCAAAGGAAGUUGUUCUUCAUGGAAGCUGUCUGGACACGAUAUUUCCCCCUCAGCAUCGCAGUGAGAAAACACAUCACUGGAGGUGACAUCGGAGAGGUCUUGCGUGUGACGGCCGAUAUGAGCAUCGGCGCAGACAAGGAUUUUAGCCUGAGUUCCAGGAUGAUCAACCUGGAUUUGGCUGGGGGUGCAUUGCUCGAUUUGGGUAUUUACUCACUCACCUGGGUUUUUCAGGCCCUGUAUCACACCCUUCCCGAAGAGUUCAAGGCCCGCGCCCGCCCCACCGUCGUUGGCACCGCCAUGACCCCCGAACCCCGGACUGGCGCCGAUGAAUCCACCUUGAUACUACUCGAAUUCCCCUACUCGACACCCACAGGGAAAAGAAAGGCCCACGCUGUUGCCACCACCGCUCUCCGUAUCAGCGAUGACCCCGGACGCCCAUUUGUGGAGGAACAAGGCGACAUUGAAGUCCCUGCUGUGCGGAUCCAGGGCGAACAGGGCGAACUUCAGGUCUUUGGGCCGAUCUAUCGCCCGACGCGGUAUCGCCUGAUCAAAAAGGGCCCCGCAUCAGACGUUCUCGACAGAAGAUUUGAAUUUGAAGGUGGUGCCCAUGGCAUGAUGUAUGAAGCGGAUGCCGCAGCCCGCAGCUUACUGUCGGGAGCCCUUGAAUCCGAGACCAUGCCGUGGGCUGAAAGCAUCCUGAUCAUGGAGAUCAUGGAUGAAGCGAGAAGACAAGGGGGCCUGGUUUAUCCCCCGAGCAUUGAGAGUACUGAAUAUCCGGUCAAGUUGACCGAGAAGCAGUAGCUGUGGCUCGCAAACCCAGCGAAAGCCCGAGAAGGUCUAUUAAGCAGGAACAAGGCAUCGACGCAUCGCCUGGAGACAAGGUCCUGGUGCAAAUGUCAUAAUCCCACGACAGACGACAGAGUGGUUCUAUCUCAACCUGCUUGGUAUAAUCAACAUGUGGGACACACUAUGCAUACGAGAUUAUAGCGCCAUUGACGCUGUUGUCGCUGUUGUCGCUAUUGACCAAAGAAAUCCUGUCUGCACUCAGUCCCGUCUCCAACUGCCGCCACCAAAUCCUCUUCUCUCCUGCCCAUCUCUGCUCAGGCCUUGUUCUCUAACCACUUUGCGCUCUCUCCUGUCGGUGCCGUCGCCAGUUGGGGUAUCCCUCCUCUCGCGAUCGCGGGCUUUGUUGACGCGGAUUCCGCCAGGUCCCCAGCUGCCCUCUUGACCGUCCAGCCCCGCGAUCACCACAUCAACGUCCUCGGCCCUCUCUAGAUCGACAAAUGUGUAGUAAUGGUUGCCGGGCUCCACAAUUUUGGAAGGAUGGGGAGAGAGAAGCUUGGACACUGCUUGCGGCACAAUCUUGUCGUUUGGCAAGUAGGUGGCGAACAGUGUCUGGAUCUCUGAGUCGAGUGCCGACUGCGGUUCGAUCCGAGGAAGGUUGCCAAUGUACAGCCGCCGCCCUUCAGUUUGGGGUGUUGUCCAGUGUGAUUGUGCGUCAUUGCGAUUCCAGCGAUCAAAGGAUGGCUUGUAGUCUUGGUCUAGAUAGUGCAUGUGGGAUUAGAGGAGUUCAUUCGUUACACUCAGUCGUUGAGCGUAUCAAUUCGUGCAACGCGGCCAACAGCCAAGGAAUUGGAAGACCGAGAUCAGAACAUAAAGGACGCCAAACUUACUUCGCUCACCCCUCUCUUCCCUCCCAAAGCCUCGUGGAUCAUAGGUCUUGAUGCGACUUUCCUUAGCCCCAUCACCAUCCUGGC